UUGUGCGCAUGUGUGCGUUGUGCUCUAAACUAGUAUUGACGUUGACAAUUUGUAGUUGAUAUUUAAUAGAAAUCUAACGAAACGACAGUUGUGGGUGUUUCCCAAGAUAAAAGUUUCACAUUCCAUAACAUUAUUGAGUUUGUCAGUAUUUAAUAUACUUAUUAGACAAAAUGGAUGCAUUUGGUGACAACUUUGUCAAUGAUCAAGAAGUAGAUCCAGUAGCAGAAUUUGUAGCAAGGGAACAAGACCAAUUAGCAGGGCUUGAGAAUGAAAUUCCACCAGUUUCUAUAUCUACUCCUGCAAUAGCACCUAAUACAGAUGUUGGUCCAGGUGGUGAUGCCGAAGGUAGUUUUGAAAUAAUAGAUGCUAUUGGACAAGCUCCUGAAAUACAAGUACCUCCAGUAAUAGAAGCUGCAUCUAAACCUGCACCUGUGAAAGAAGAACCUGAGAAAAUACGAAAAUGGAGAGAAGAACAAAAAGCUAGACUAGAGGAAAAAGAUGCAGAAGAAGAAAAGAAAAAAGAAGAGUGGAGAGAAGCUGCAAGGAAUGAAUUAGAAGAAUGGUAUAAACAUCAUGCAGAAGCAAUUAGUAAAACAAAAACUACAAACAGGGAAUCAGCCAAGAAUGCAGAAAAACAAUUUGUAGCAGAAGCUGAUGAAGUGGAGCCAGGUACUGAAUGGGAACGAAUUGCAAAACUUUGCGAUUUUAAUCCCAAAUCUUCCCGAACUUCAAAAGAUGUUUCCCGAAUGCGUUCAAUUAUUUUGCAAUUAAAACAAACUCCACCGGCUCCAGGCAGUCUUUGAUUAAAUUAAUAACUUGGUAUGGAGUAUAGAUAUAUAUAUAUAUAUAUAUAUAUACACACACACAUAUAUAUAUAAAUAUACUAUCAAAUGAAAGAAAAGUAUAUGCAAGUUACAAUAAUAUCAUUUAAAAAAAAGAUCAUACUUGAUCUGUUAAGUGAAAAUGUAAUGUUAUUGUGAAUAAAGAUUAUUGAUAGUAAA